AUGAUCUUCAAGUCUGCCGUUAUUGCUUUGGCCACGGUUGGUGCAGCUGUUGCCCAGCGCCCAGCAAAUGAGUCUAUUUGCGACUACUACACGACAGCAUUGCUAAAAACCAACAAUGCCACCAACCAGUACACCCUCCUGACCCUGCUAGUCAACACUGUCGUCAUUGGAAACUACACCCAGCCGAACGUUGGCGUGAGCGUUCCUGGAAUCUUGAACCCCAAUGGCAUGUACAAUGGGACCAAGGUCAACUUGAUGCCGUACUUUGAUGGCGGUCUCGCUUCUUCAAAUGACGGAGGGAAGAUGGGUGUCGCGAAGAACUUUCUGGAUGGAGGUGCCGCUGCUCCUCUCAUGAAGAACAUGCCUGCCAAUGACAUGACAUCGAACCAAUAUAAGCUCAUGACUCACCUCUACGAGUUUUUCGGCGAUCUACUUGGCUGCUCCGGUGUUGGUAUGAAGGGAUUCGCCGCCUACGCUGGAGAUGCUAGCAUGUAUGAAGUUCACAAGUUCAUGGUUCUCGACCCGUAUCAGGUGGGAUACUUCAUUGAGCAAGUAGGCUUGUCUGCUGCAUCUUUUGGUGUCGCCAAGUCGGAUAUCACCGCCGUCGCCGAAGCCCUUGAGAAACUGUUUGACUACCGCUGCGCGCCCAAGACUACUGUCAUCAAGUCACAGGGCGCCAAUUACCAGAGCAUUUGUACUGACGAGAAAUGCCCGCUCGCCAUGAACGAUACAUGCGCAGCUCAGCCGGUAAUCCUCCAGCCUCUUGCCGCCAACAAGACCCUGGCAGCUGGCCAGGGUCGCAUGCCAUCUGGAACUGGAUCCGGAUCUGCUACGGGAUCUGGCUCAAGCUCUCCCACUGCGACUGUCAAUGCUGCCAUUCAAUCGACUCCCGGAUUUACUGGUCUGCUUUCGGCUAUUGUGGCCCUCCUUGCCUUGUAA